AUGAUUUGGAGCAACCUCCAGCCCGUAACUAAAAUCCUCUGCCGCAGCUGUUCAUCACUCUUCAUAAGCUUUCAGGCCCAGUCCAUCCUGCCAUCUGUUAAGUCUCGUACUGUCCUCGCCUCAUUCAGUCACGUCGGCUGCCGAGUAUUGUAUCACACUACAACCCUCAAUAUGGAGCGAGUUGAUACCGCCGACCGCCUUUCAAGACUUAGGGAGUUGAUGAAAGCUCGCAAGGUCGACGUUUACGUCGUUCCCUCAGAGGAUUCCCACUCAUCUGAGUAUAUUGCUGGUUGCGAUGGCCGCCGCGAGUUUAUAUCUGGAUUCAGCGGCUCUGCAGGGUGCGCUAUUGUGACAUUGGAGAAGGCAGCUCUGGCAACGGAUGGGAGAUACUUCAACCAAGCCUCUAAGCAAUUGGACCAAAACUGGCUGUUGUUGAGACAGGGUCUUCAGGACGUCCCCACCUGGCAAGAAUGGUCUGCUGAACAAUCCUCUGGCGGGAAAGUAGUCGGAGUCGACCCAGAACUCAUCACGGGUUCUAUUGCUAAAAAGCUUGCCGAAAAGAUCAAGAGAUCUGGUGGUUCGGACUUGGUAGCCCUGGACGAGAAUCUGGUCGACCUGGUGUGGGCUGGAGACCGUCCUGAAAGACCCAAGAGCCCUGUUGUCGUCCUACCUGAGAAGUUCAGUGGCAAAGACGUUAAAGCCAAACUCAAAGACUUGAGACAUGAGUUGGACAAGAAGAAUUCCCAUGCCUUUGUCGUAUCUAUGCUGGAUGAAAUCGCCUGGCUUUUCAACCUACGCGGCAGCGACAUUCCCUAUAAUCCUGUCUUCUUCUCUUACGCCAUUAUCACGCCUGAUUCUGCCACCCUCUAUGUUGACGAGUCUAAGCUAGGAGAAGAAACUCGAGCAUACCUCUCAGACAACGACAUCACAACUAAACCAUAUGAGAGCAUCUAUGAUUCUAUAAGUGUCUUACGCUCAUCUGCGGAUAAAGUUGGUGAUGCCGCCUCGAAUUCUGCCCUGAAAAGAUUUAUCAUUUCAACAAAGGCGUCUUGGGCCCUGAAACGUUCUCUCGGUGGGGACGGACAGGUCGAUGAGGUUCGUAGCCCCAUUGGAGACUCGAAAGCUGUCAAGAACAAGACUGAGAUGGCAGGCAUGAGGUCUUGCCACAUCCGAGAUGGUGCCGCGUUAAUUGAGUACUUUGCCUGGCUGGAAGAUCAACUGGUAGCUAAGAAAGCUAGACUGGACGAAGUUCAAGCUGCAGAUAAGCUUGAGCAACUCCGUUCGAAGCAUAAGGACUAUGUCGGUCUUUCCUUUGACACCAUCUCUUCCACAGGUGCAAAUGCUGCUGUUAUUCACUACAAGCCAGAGCGUGGUGCUUGCUCCAUUAUCGAUCCAACCGCCAUCUACCUCUGUGACUCUGGUGCACAAUAUCUCGACGGUACAACGGACACAACAAGAACGUUGCACUUUGGACAGCCUACGGAAGCCGAGAAGCUCGCAUACACGCUAGUACUCAAGGGCAACAUCGCGCUGGACACUGCUGUAUUCCCCAAGGGAACUACGGGCUUCGCACUUGACUGCUUGGCCCGUCAACACUUAUGGAGGGAGGGUCUAGAUUACCGCCAUGGUACUGGACAUGGCGUAGGCUCUUACCUUAACGUGCAUGAAGGUCCAAUUGGCAUAGGCACUCGGGUGCAGUUUGCUGAGGUUGCCCUUGCGCCAGGCAAUGUUGUGUCAAUCGAGCCUGGAUUCUACGAAGACGGGUCGUACGGUAUUCGGAUCGAAAACGUGGCCAUGGUUACCGAAGUGAAGACGAAAUAUUCUUUCGGAGACAAACCCUACCUAGGAUUCGAACACGUCACCAUGGUUCCGUACUGCCAGAACCUCAUUGAACCCAGUCUUCUGACUUCGGAGGAAAAGCAAUGGCUUAACUCCCAUAACGCCGAGAUCCUCCACAAAACUAAGGAUUUCUUCAAAGAGGAUCCCUUGACACUGGCAUGGCUGACGCGGGAGACACAGCCGUUGUAA